UGUAACCGUGUCCCCAUGAUAUUGUGCACAGCCAUAUCGGAGACUAGCCUACAGCUGGACUUUAAUUUCCGCGUUGUCUUUUUCACACUUUGACCGAGUUCACUCGGCUUAACAAUGGGUCAAAAUCAGCAAGCUCAGUCAACCAGCGAAGAAGAGUUGGAUGUAUCCACAAUUCAAGAACUCUACAAGACGUUCGUCGAUGAGUGCCCGAGCGGUUCGAUGCACUUGCACGAGUUCAAAAGGAUGUUUGGGGUUCAAAAUGAUGAAUCGCCGGAAUCGCAAUACAUGGAGGGCAUAUUCAGUGCGUUUGAUAUGAAUGAGGACAACACCAUGGAUUUCAUCGAAUAUGUUGCUGCGCUAAACCUUGUGCUUCGAGGACGGCUCGAGGAUAAACUCAAGUGGUCUUUCAAGGUGUUUGACAACGAUGACAAUGGGCGACUGGAUAGGCGCGAGCUGAGAAUAAUUAUAAGGAUCAUCUACAAGAUAAAGCAAGGUUCUGUGACUGAUGAGGCAGGUCAAACCCACCUUACACCUGAAGAGGUGUGUGACCGUAUUUUCCAGAAAGUUGACGAUAAUGGCGACGGUCAGAUAACUCUGGAGGAGUUUGUGGAGGGGGCAAAGAGAGACCCCUGGGUGCAAAAACUCAUAAGCCUGGAUGUCAACCCCAGUUACUGGGUCCACCAGCACUUGAGCGACAGAAAACUCCAGAGUCCAAAAUGAUGAACUAAAAUGUCAGACGGAGGAAGAGGACAUUGGGUCUCUCUAUAAAAGAGUAGCUGAACCAAAAAAACAACUUAUCUGGUUGAAAACGGCCUAUAGUCAUAAACAUCAACUCUAGUCCCAAAAUGACUAAAAAGUUUAAAUAGGAUAACAUUGGUCAUAAAGUCAGUAUCUCCCAAAAUUGGGAUUUGCUAGAUUUAGGAAAUUGAUGACGUUGCCAAAUCCUUGGAUAUUUGAGGUUGGGUUUGAAUUUCAAUUAUGCCAACAUGCAGAGCAUGCUCACUCUCCGCAGUGUCAGAAGAAAGUGGAUGUUUCCAGUUUUCAGGGAUACAGUAUUUUCAAACUAACUUCCAUUUCCCCUGAAAAACGGAUGUGGGGACUUUUUGCAUCUGCUACGUUAGGUUAGAGCAUGCUGCAUGAUAUCCAAUCGUAGCAGCAGA